UAGUGAUUAGUCGAGAUGUCCGGUCAUAGCCCGGAUGCCAGCCGCAACAGCAACAGCAACAACAACAGCAACAUCAUCUCCAUCGAACUCAACAGAACCAACACGACCUCAAGCUGCAAUCCCAGCAUUGCCAGCCAGCGACGCCGCCAACAACGAGCGGCACAGCAUCGUCAGGAGUCAUGGUUUCGACACUCGAUGCCGCCGGCUGUUAAUCGAGACUUUGAAUCUCUAGAGCAUCUCACGCAACGUGAGUCGACCAACGGCUUGGAUGAGCAGCUCGCGGCAUCUUUAAGUGGCAAACUGCCUGUCCUCAGUCAUACGAGCAUACACCUUAACAGUGCCAAUAGCAAUCUCGGUUUCAUCGAUUCCGAUACCCCGAAUACGCCGGUGACACCACAAUCCGACUCCAUCGCCGGCACACUCUCCUCCUGCCAGCCCAUCGGAGGUGCCGACAAUAGUGGCAGGCACAAAGCUCGUAAUCGCAAGGAUUCGAAGGCAUCAAUUCUAUCGAAUGCAGCUCGCGGCCUACGUAUGACUACUUCUUUCCUACGCAGCAAGCGUAAGGAAUACGAAGAUGAUGAUGAGCCCGUUCCGUUCGGUUCCGAUGUAGAGGAGGGAGAAAAGCGCAUCAUCGCACUGAACGGGCCACAGCCGAUAAAUUAUUGUAAUAAUCGAAUAUCUACGGCGAAAUAUAGUGUUGUCAGCUUUUUACCGUCGUUCCUCUUUGAGCAAUUUAGACGAUAUUCCAAUUGUUUUUUCUUACUUAUUGCAUUACUACAACAAAUUCCGGAUGUUUCGCCAACGGGUCGCUACACAACACUGGUCCCACUCAUCUUUAUACUCUCCGUUAGCGCCAUUAAGGAAAUCAUUGAGGAUAUUAAACGACAUCGUGCAGACAAUGAGAUCAAUCAUCGAUUAAUAGAAAGGCUAGAAAAUGGUACGUGGACCACUGUGCGGUGGUCCGAGUUGUCAGUUGGCGACAUUAUAAAGGUGACCAUCGAUACAUUUUUUCCUGCCGAUUUAGUGCUAUUAUCCUCCAGUGAGCCGCAGGCGAUGUGCUUCAUUGAAACGGCAAAUUUGGAUGGAGAGACAAACCUAAAGAUAAGGCAAGGUGUGCCAUCCACAGCCAAAUUACUGGAAACAAAAGACUUGAUGCAAUUACAGGGUCGGAUAGAGUGCGAACUGCCAAAUCGGCAGUUGUAUGAGUUUAAUGGCGUUCUCAAGGAGUUUGGCAAGCCAUCUGUGGCUCUUGGCAAUGAUCAAGUGCUACAGCGUGGUGCAAUGUUGCGGAAUACCGCAUGGAUUUUUGGACUUGUCAUCUAUACGGGACAUGAAACGAAGCUGAUGAAGAAUUCGACGUCAGCGCCUUUGAAGCGAUCCACAGUCGAUAAGCUGACGAACACGCAAAUUCUGAUGCUCUUCAUGAUUCUGAUCUCGCUCUGCAUCACAAGCGGGCUGUGCAACUUGUUUUGGACACAAAGACAUUCCGCAACGGAUUGGUAUUUGGGUAUCGGUGAUUUCAAGAGCAUGAAUCUUGGCUACAAUCUGCUGACCUUCUUUAUUCUGUACAACAACCUGAUACCAAUAUCACUUCAAGUCACCUUGGAGCUGGUACGAUUCCUGCAGGCGAUAUUCAUCAACUACGACAUUGAGAUGUAUCACGAGGAGUCCAAUAUGCCAGCCAGUGCUCGCACCUCGAAUUUAAACGAGGAGCUCGGAUUGAUCAAGUAUGUCUUCUCGGAUAAAACAGGGACUCUGACGCGCAAUGUGAUGGUGUUCAAGAAGUGCUCGAUUGCCAGGCACAUUUACAAGCCGGAACGCACUCUGGAGGAAUCGGAACUGGUACAGAAUAUACUGCGGCGCCAUGAGACAUCCAGUGACAUUGAGGAGUUCCUUGUAUUGCUGUCCGUCUGCCAUACCGUCAUACCCGAGAAGAAGGACGAUGGCACUAUUGUCUAUCAUGCCGCCAGUCCGGAUGAGCGUGCCUUGGUCGAUGGAGCCAGGCAAUUCGGUUACAUCUUUGAUACACGCACACCGGAGUAUGUGGAGAUCAAUGCUCUGGGGGAGCGCAAGCGCUUCCAGGUCUUGAACGUGCUGGAAUUCACGUCGACACGCAAGCGAAUGUCGGUUAUUGUACGCACACCGGAAGGCAAUAUAAAGCUAUUCAUGAAGGGCGCCGAUUCGGUUAUAUAUGAGCGCUUAUCAUCGCGGAAUCAGGCGUAUCGCGAUGCGACAUUGCAGCAUUUAGAAGAGUUCGCUUCCGAAGGUUUGCGUACGCUGUGCCUCGCAGUGGCCGACAUCGAUCCAGAGGUGUACGAGGAAUGGAAUCAAACGUACCACAAGGCGGCGACAUCACUGCAACAACGUGAGCGCAAGCUUGACGAUGCGGCCAAUCUCAUUGAGAUUAAUUUACGUCUACUCGGCGCAACUGCCAUUGAGGAUCGACUGCAAGAUGGUGUGCCCGAGACCAUUCAAGCAUUGCUCGAGGCGGGCAUUUACAUCUGGGUGUUGACCGGAGACAAACAGGAGACGGCGAUAAACAUCGGGUAUUCGUGUAAACUGAUUACGCACUCCAUGGACAUCAUCAUCCUGAACGAGGAGAGCCUAGAUGCCACCCGUGAUGUAAUACUUCGACAUGCGGGCGAGUUUAAGAGCUCAACGGCCAAGGAUGCGAAUGUGGCGCUGGUCAUCGAUGGCAAGACACUAAAGUAUGCUCUGACUUGCGAUUUGCGCGGCGAGUUUCAGGAGCUUUGCAUCAUAUGCCGCGUGGUCAUCUGUUGUCGCGUUUCACCAAUGCAAAAAGCCGAAGUCGUCGAGAUGGUAACGCAGAGCACGAAGGCCGUGACCUUGGCCAUCGGUGAUGGAGCCAACGAUGUCGCAAUGAUACAAAAGGCAAGCGUGGGCAUUGGCAUUUCUGGCCAGGAGGGACUGCAGGCUGCCUGCGCCUCCGACUAUUCAAUUGCCCAGUUUCGUUUCCUGCGUCGCCUGCUUCUCGUCCAUGGCGCCUGGAACUAUGCGCGCAUUAGCAAACUCAUCCUCUAUAGUUUCUACAAGAAUGUCUGCUUAUACGUGAUCGAGCUGUGGUUCGCUGUCUACUCCGGAUGGUCGGGUCAAAUUCUGUUCGAGCGCUGGACAAUCGGUUUGUACAACGUGCUAUUCACAGCGAUGCCCCCGUUUGCAAUUGGACUCUUUGAGAAGUUCUGCACGGCCGAAACGAUGCUAAAGUAUCCACUGCUCUACAAACCAUCGCAGAAUGCGAAAUUGUUUAACGUGAAAGUAUUCUGGAUAUGGAUAUUCAAUGCAUUGUUGCACUCGGUGUUUCUCUUCUGGCUGCCGAUGGCUGCGUUCAAGGAUGAAGCCAUUUGGUCGGAUGGAAAGACAAGCGAUUAUUUGUUGCUGGGCAACAUGGUCUACACGUAUGUCAUUGUCACUGUCUGCCUGAAAGCUGGCCUGAUCACAAGUUCGUGGACCUGGCUGACUCACGCUGCCAUAUGGGGCUCCAUUGUGCUCUGGUUUACCUUUGUGCUCGUCUACAGUCACUUCUGGCCAACGUUAAAGUUUGCCAGCAACUUCGCAGGCAUGGACAUUCAACUGCUGUCCACGCCCGUCUUUUGGCUUGGUCUAUUCCUGGUGCCCAUUGCCAGUUUGCUCAUCGAUGUGAUUUGUAAGCUAGUACAUAAUACAGUUUUCAAGACACUCACCGAUGCUGUACGUGAAUCGGAAAUUCAAAGCCAUGAUCCCUCUCAAGUGAUGGAAGAAUCACGUUCAUCCUAUUAAUUUCCAACAUUUGUUUGCACAAUUAAUUAACAUGAUUUAUGAUAGAGCCAAUACUAGAUCAUUAUGCAUCCUAAUCAGUAGUCACUUGAUACCAAAAGAACCACACAUGUAAUAACAAUUGUUUGAAUUGUGUUUGUUUUAUGUCUAUUCUUUGUUUUACUUUACUUUAAUCGUCCCAUUAUUAAUGAGCAAGUAAUUCCUUCUUAACAAGUAGUUGCAAGUAGUGGCAUUAUUUACAAACGCAAAAUUUAAUAAAACAAGAGUUUAAAUAGUCAAUGUAUAUUUAUAUCAAUUUAUAUAUAUUGUAUUUAUGUUAUACAGUCAGUCUGAUCUGAGGUUGCUUAAAAUCUUAGAAUCGUAUUCCAGACUAUAGUCUGAACUGAAAGUGUUUAAAUAAGAACACUAAAUUAUUAUUUGGCGAAUUAUUUAGUUUAGUUACUAAAGGACCUACAGCUUUUCAGAAGACAUUAUCCACAUAAGAAAAACAGUAUUUUUAAGCAGAAUUUAUGUUUAAGAAUUUACAAUUUAAUCAUAGUACUUAAUUCACUGAUAUAUCAGACUUAGUGCUAUUUAUCAUAUAUAGUAUUACUCCACAUAUAAGCCUGUUCUGAAUUCCAUUACACUUGAUUUCUAGCGUAGCAUACUUUUCGUAGACUUGUAGAAUUUUUUUCUGAAAUUGAAAUGCUAAUGGAAUUCGGAACAAGUCGAAUCGAAAAUGCAUUGCACACUUUUGAAUAAACUAAAAAUAUAUUCUUUAGAUUAAAUUAUACGUAAUUAAUUUAGUUUUGAACGCAUCUUACUGAAGAUAUAAAUGUACACGGUUGUUAUAAAAAAUUAGUUGUUUAGCAGUCUCGUGUGUUUUUAGUAUAAAAUUGCAUUCAAAGAAACAAACACAAUUAUGUUUAACUGAAAGAAAAAAACAAAACAUUAAUUAUUUCAAAUAAAUUGGAAUUGAAAUUGAUCAUUUAUUUGAGCAACAAUCAUUUGAAACAUAUUUUCGACAAGAUGUAAAUUUAUCUCUCUUCUAUCCUUUAUUAACAAUAAUACGAUCAUGUAAUUUAAUGCUAUGUUCAAAAUAAAACAAAAAUGCAUAACCAUUGUUAUCAAUCCCUCAACUCCCUCUCCAUGCCGAAUCCACCGAAAAUGUGUAAACUUCUUCAACUCGAACUUGAACCAUGC